GAGCAACAGGUCAAAAUCCUGCCUGUGCACGGCCACGAGUAGUUUGUGGUUGGCCUGAACCGUCGACUCUGAAUAACUUUAUUUUAUCCGCUGCACAUUAAGCUCAGUAAACUGGAGCCCUGAUGUUUCGGGUAGUGGUAGAGCACGUCAAGCGGCACCCUGGGCUAAUCCCCCAGUUCUUCUUUAUCUGCUUGGGAAUGGGUGGUGCAUCCUUAUAUCUGAUCCGGCUUGCCAGAGGACCACAUGUCACCUGGAACAAGACCGAUAAUCCUGAACCAUGGAAUAAUCUUGACCCCACAUACCAGUACAAGUUUGUGGCCAUCAACACAGACUACAAAAACCUGAAGAAGGAGGGUCCUGACUUUUGAACCUCACAGGGUCAAAAAUCGAGAUCUGGACUCAGAUUUCAUUUUCUCUUUUCUGACAUUAGCACUGCAGGUUUGGGUGAACUCCAAAUGAAAACGUGUAGAUGUGCAGUUUUGAAAAGCAGUAGAUUGCCUGAUAAACAUGACAAGAAACCACCAAAUAUGUUUACUUAAAGAUACAGCAUGUGACCAUUAGCUUAGAAGGGGAUGCAACACACAUGUACUUAUGUAUGUCCCAUAUCACAAUAACACUUUAUGGGGUUGUUUUUCAAGUCAUACUUGCUCCUACGUUUCAUUAUUUCAUUUGGACAACUGUUGCUUUAAGAACAUAACCUUGUUUUAGAAAUAUUAUUUUUUCCACUAUAAUUUUCACUACAAAAACUACAAAUACAAACAAAUAAAAAAUGUCCAUAUAUUCCUCAUAAUUGUAAAUAGCAGGUAAAAUAUGCUGAGGAGCAAAAGCAGCAAGACAAGCUGUUAUAAAACAACCCUGCAUCAUUUAUCUUCUUGAACAAUGCAGUCCUACUCUGCAACAUCACAUCAAAGGUUCAGUCAUUGUAAGCAGACUGCUUUUAUUUCAUAAUGGGCAUGACUGUACGUUUAGCUGCCACUGAAUUUAACAGUUAUCGUGUCGGUAAUGAAAACAACUGGUGCGUUAACUACAUUGUAUUCUUUCAAUAAAUAAACAGCUGAUUUA